GCAAACUCGAUUGAACAAACAACGCCAACAAAGCCUCCAUUGCCAUCCGCACGCUUCACCCGGCUGUUGUUUUCGGCGCAGGCGGAUUUCUCUUGCCCUGAGACUUUCUGCUGAAUAAUGGCGAAGAGAUAGUCCGUCUCAAGUAUAGUACUGAUUGGCGGCUGCGCUGCCCGCCACGGACUGCGUCGCCUGUCAAGGAAUGCCCUUUUGCUUUGCGACAAUUCAUCGCAGUCGAGAUAUACCAGAUGACCAUGUUUCUCCCUAGCAGAUUUUCUGCCUCGCCGCUAUUGCGAACGCUGUACCACGCCUCCAGUUGCGCGUCCAGACCUCGUCAGGCCUCGCCGACUUUAUGCUAUAAAUCGAUGUCACAGGCGCUGCGCUCUUAUUCUAGCGCACCUCUAUCCUCGUCUCCAAAAUUUUCGUAUCACAUCGCCGCGUCUUUUAUCGCAAAGGAUCGCCCAUAUGACCCAUCCACUCACGUCUUCCAUUUCAACCCGUACAAUCGAAUCCAGCCUCCCCGACAUCGCCGAAAGUCCUCGCGACCCGAAUCUGGCCACGAUGCUUUCUUCGUGAGCCGAGUUAAUGAGUCGGGCUCUGUGGCCUUUGGCGUCGCAGAUGGAGUGGGCGGCUGGGUGGAUUCUGGAGUCGACCCGGCUGACUUCUCACACGGAUUGUGCGACUACAUGGCCGCCGUGGCAUACGAAUACCCCUCGGGCAACGAUGCGCCUCUCACAGCAAGAAAACUCAUGCAAAAAGGGUACGAGGCGGUAUGCGAGGAUCCAAAUGUGCCCGCUGGCGGCAGCACGGCUUGUGUUGCGAUUGCGAGACCCGAGGGCGUCUUGGACGUGGCAAACCUCGGCGAUUCGGGCUUUCUACAGCUGCGACUUAACGCGGUACAUACAUACUCUGAACCACAAACCCACGCGUUCAACACUCCAUUCCAGCUUUCAGUCGUCCCGCCUAGUGUUGCCGCUCGGAUGGCAGCCUUUGGCGGAUCGCAGCUCUGUGAUUUGCCGCGGGAUGCUGAUGUAACACACCACCACUUGCGCCAUGGAGAUGUGCUGGUCUUUGCUACCGACGGUGUGCUAGACAACCUGUUUAACCAGGAUAUUCUUCGGAUCGCUAGCCGAGUCAUGGCGACGAGUGGCGCAUGGAAUAUGGCUGCCAAUGAGGCGGUCACCGUGGCUGAUUCUCUGGACAGCCUUACGGGAUCUCCAUAUGAAAAUAAUGCAGCAGAUGGGAAGACGAAGAAAGCCGUGACAUUGCAAAGUUUACUCGCGACCGAGCUAGUCCUGGCUGCGAAGCAGGCAAGUGUAAACACAAAGAGAGAUGGACCAUUCGCCAAGGAAGUAAAGAAAUACUAUCCCCACGAAAACUGGCAUGGGGGUAAAGUGGACGAUAUCUGCGUUGUCAUCGCCGUUGUUUCGGAAGAUGCAGCUGGCAUCAAAAGCAAGCUCUAGAAGAUUAGAGCAAACCAAUUCGCAAUAUUGAAUGAAUAGAAUUUAGACAUGCCCAAGGCAAGCAUAUGGACUAUAUGGUUAGAGGGAGCUUGGAUUGGACUUAUAAAUGGGAUGAAGACUGGGUUAUUUUGCUAGCAAUUCGUUCGCAUUGAGUUGAUGCGGUUGUCCAUUUGUGUACAUUAUAUAACAAGAUUAAACAUAUUAUUAAACCAGUAGAAACGAGAAGAAAAAAAAUCAAAUAGAGUGAGAGCU